UUUAUCAUCAUACAAAAAAUUGUACAAAUUUGUUGCUUCUUAGUCAAGUCACAAUCACAUCCUCCUCUCCUAUUCAUCAUCAUACCACAAAUUAUGUCAUCACGUUUAUAUUUCCUAUUUCACACUGAAACCAAUAUUGUACCAAGAAUUCUAUUCUCAAAUCCCAACAAUCAAAACAUUCUCAAAGUCCCCAAAAAACAAAACUAAAACCACAGUUCAAUUACAAGGUACUUUAAUCAUGACCAAAACUAACACUUUCAACUUCAACCUCACAUCUUCAUGCUACACUUCAAACAUGGCUGCAGCCACAGAAAUCUUGUUUUCUCACAUCAUCUUCCUCUUGAAAAAUAUCCAAAUCACUGAGAUUAUUAUUGCAGCCAUUGUUUUCAUAUUCAUUCGUUCUUUAAGAUCGAAAAAACAUCGUGGCCUACCCAAUUGGCCUAUUUUCGGAAUGCUGCCUUAUUUAAUCAAAGGACUCAAAACCAACCUGUAUGAAUGGAUCACUGACAUUCUUAAACAUCAUAAUGGAACAUGUAGAUUCAGAGGGCCAUGGUUCACUAGCCUCAACUAUGUUGUAACCUCGGAACCUCAAAAUUUAGAACAUCUUCUCAAAACAAAGUUUAGUAAUUUCCCUAAAGGAAACUACUUCAGAGACAUAGUAUCUGAAUUACUCGGAGACGGUACUUUCGCUGCUGACAAUGAAACAUGGCAGAAACAAAGGAAAAUAGCGAGUAUCGAGUUUCAUUCGACAAAUUUUAGGAAGUUAACAAUUAAGUCAAUUUUUGAGCUUGUGAACAAUAGGCUCAUACCUGUCUUAGAAUCAUCAUUGAAGAAAAAUGUUGCAAUAGAUCUUCAAGAUAUUUUGUUGAGACUAACUUUUGAUAAUGUUUGUAUGAUAGCUUUUGGUGUUGAUCCUGGUUGUUUACAACCUCAUUUGCCUGAAAUUCCCUUUGCUGCAGCUUUUGAGGAUGCAACAGAAGCUACUUUGUUUCGAUUUGUCAUGCCGGUUUGUGUAUGGAAGGCUAUGAGGUUUCUUAACUUAGGUAUGGAAAGAAAGCUCAAGAAAUCAAUACAAAAAGUUGAUGAAUUUGCUGAGAAUGUUAUAAGGGCAAGAAAGAAAGAACUUUCUUUGCAAAAUGAAGACAAUAAGGAAAAAUCGGAUUUGUUAACUGUGUUCAUGAGGCUUAAGGAUGAGAAUGGAAAGUCUUAUUCAGAUAAGUUUUUGAGGGAUAUUUGUGUAAAUUUCAUAUUAGCUGGGAGAGACACUUCUUCAGUUGCUUUAAGCUGGUUUUUCUGGUUGGUUGAUCAGAAUCAUGAAGUUGAGGAGAAAAUAUUAGAAGAGAUUUGCAGGGUUGUGUGUCAAAGGGAGGAUAUUAAUAAGGAAGUGUUUAAUGAUUCUUUGAGAUUCAAGCCUGAGGAGAUUAAGAAGAUGGAUUAUUUGCAUGCAGCUCUUUCAGAAGCUCUUAGAUUAUAUCCUUCUGUUCCUGUGGAUUGUAAGGAGGUGGUGGAAGAUGACACAUUCCCAAAUGGAAUAAAACUAAAGAAAGGAACAAAAGUUAUAUAUGCAAUAUAUUCAAUGGGAAGAAUGGAAAACAUAUGGGGAAAAGAUUGCUUGGAGUUCAAGCCAGAAAGAUGGUUAACCGAAGAUGGUCAUUUCAUGAGCGAAUCUGCCUACAAAUUCACAGCUUUUAAUGGAGGACCAAGGUUGUGUUUAGGCAAAGAUUUUGCAUACUAUCAAAUGAAAUAUGUUGCAGCUAACAUCAUAUUUCGCUACCAUAUUAAGGUUGUUGAAAAUCACCUUGUUGUUCCUAAGCUUGCUUUGACACUUUACAUGAAGCAUGGAUUAAAAGUUAACCUUCAUAGGCGUUGUGAUGAAGAAAUUCAUAAAUAUUUGAAGGUAAGUUAGAUGUGAAUUGAGAAUGAAUGUUGCUAUGAUUAUGGAUGAUGAAUAUGUAGUUUGUUUUAAAAUGAAUUAUUAUU